GUGGCGCUAUGUACCGGAAACUCUCCACAGCAGCUGCAGCAGCAGCCACGAAGAAGAGCGACUGAGUUCUUCCGGUUCUGUAGUGAAGAUGGCGACAGUGAGGUGCAGAGAGUAAAUAUAUAGAAACCCUUUUCUCUCAUUGUGUCAGAAACAACCCUUUUUAUUCAGACUGCGACGAAAUGUCGAACCGAACGGCGUAUUUCUACGACCCAGACGUGGGAAACUUCCACUACGGUGCUGGGCACCCGAUGAAGCCUCACCGGCUGUCUCUCACACACAGUCUUGUGCUGCAUUAUGGGCUCUACAAGAAGAUGAUGGUUUUCAAGCCGUACAAGGCGUCGCAGCACGACAUGUGCCGCUUCCACUCGGAGGAUUACAUCGACUUCCUGCAGAAGGUCAGUCCGAACAACAUGCAGGGCUUCACCAAGAGCCUCAACGCCUUCAACGUGGGAGACGACUGUCCUGUCUUUCCAGGUCUGUUUGAGUUUUGCUCGAGAUACACAGGUGCGUCUUUGCAAGGAGCGACUCAGUUAAAUCACAAGAUAUGUGACAUUGCCAUAAACUGGGCUGGAGGUUUACAUCAUGCAAAAAAGUUUGAGGCAUCUGGGUUUUGCUACGUGAAUGACAUUGUCAUCAGUAUUCUUGAACUUCUGAAGUAUCAUCCACGCGUGCUCUACAUUGACAUUGAUAUUCAUCACGGUGAUGGUGUUCAGGAAGCGUUUUAUCUCACAGACAGAGUCAUGACUGUAUCCUUCCACAAAUACGGGAACUACUUUUUCCCAGGAACUGGUGAUAUGUAUGAGGUGGGAGCUGAGAGCGGCCGCUACUACUGCCUGAAUGUCCCGCUGCGAGACGGUAUAGAUGACCAGAGCUACAGACACCUGUUUCAGCCGGUUAUCAAGCAGGUGGUGGACUUCUAUCAGCCCACCUGCGUCGUUCUCCAGUGUGGAGCUGAUUCUCUGGGCUGUGAUCGAUUAGGAUGCUUCAAUCUCAGCAUACGCGGACAUGGAGAUUGUGUGGAGUUUGUGAAGAGCUUCAAAAUCCCGCUGCUUGUUCUGGGUGGAGGAGGAUACACUGUGAGGAACGUUGCUAGAUGCUGGACAUAUGAAACAUCUUUGCUAGUUGAGGAGUCCAUUAGUGAUGAGCUGCCAUAUAGUGAAUACUUUGAAUAUUUUGCUCCAGACUUCACACUUCACCCAGAUGUCAGCACAAGGAUAGAAAACCAAAAUUCUAGACAAUAUUUGGAGCAGAUUCGUCAAACAGUGUUUGAGAGCCUGAAGAUGUUAAAUCACGCUCCAAGUGUUCAGAUCCACGACGUUCCCUCUGAUUUGCUGAGCUACGAGCGACCAGACGAGGCCGAUCCUGAUGAGCGAGGAUCAGAAGACAACUUCUCUAGGCCUGAAGCUGUGAAUGAGUUUUACGAUGGUGACCAUGAUAAUGAUAAAGAAAGUGAUGUGGAGAUCUGAAGAUCCUCUCGUGUCCCAUCUCUUGUGUGACUUUGGUCUUCAGCCAUAGAUCUGUCCAUUCCUUGCCACAUCUAUAGUACUUAUAACUGCAUUGUGAUGAGUGAGUGGAUCUUCUCUUUCUUUACAUGCACUGUAUCUGUGUAGUGUGCCAUGUGUACAACAUUUUAUUGUCACGACUGUAUUUUCCGUUUAUCAAAGCGCAGCUGUAAAAGGGAGCGUCACACCGAGUCCUGUGUACUAAUACAGCAUUAGUACCGAAAAGGUUCAGAAACCAUGUGAUGAAGGAUGGCGUUGUAUUGUAUGCCUAAUAUCCACAU